GGUGCUAUUAUCUCGCGGGACUCUACAAAUAUAUUAUGUCACAUGGAUAUUGAACAGCAAUUUAAUCCUAUCCUAGAUGAAAUAUUAAUUGAAAGGGUAGUUGGAACAGAUAAUCAUGAGUUUAUAAAAAUGUAUAUUUCCGAAGAAAUGAAGAAUUAUGGUUGGACCAUAGAACUAGAUGAAUUUAAAGCCUCUACUCCAAAAGGAAUUUACAAUAUGACUAAUGUUGUGGCUACUUUAAACCCUUUGGCUGAUCGGUAUAUAGUUGUCGCUUGCCAUUAUGACUCCAAAUUAAUGAAAUUUAUAUUUGUGGGAGCAACUGAUUCAGCAGUACCUUGUGCCAUGAUGAUGUACAUGGCAAGGUCUUUGAACCAACAACUUGAAGCAUUUAAAAACUCUCCCUUAAGCUUGAUGAUGGUAUUUUUUGAUGGAGAAGAAGCAUUUGUGAAAUGGAACAAAACAGAUUCUCUUUACGGUUCCAGACAUUUAGCUUCAAAAAUGGAAAAUACCAAAUUUUUUCACCGAGGUCGCCAAUUGAAUCAACUGUAUAGAAUUGAAUUCUUAAUGUUAUUAGAUUUAUUGGGUACAAAGAAUCCAAAGUUUUAUAAUUAUUUUCCAGAAACAACAGACUUAUAUCAAAGUUUGAUCAAUGCUGAAACAGCUUUAAAUACUACCGGUUGUUUUAACAAUUAUAUUAAUGUUUAUUUCAAACCAAAGUCUGCAAAUGUAGAAAUUGAUGAUGAUCAUAUGCCAUUUUAUGAAAAAGGGAUUGAAAUUGUUCAUGUAAUUCCACAUCCAUUUCCAAGUGUUUGGCAUGAGAGCAGUGAUAAUAGAGAAGCAUUACACAUGCCGACAAUACAGAACUUGAUUAAAAUUUUUCAAGUAUUUCUACUUAGUUAUUUAGAAAAACAGUAAACUAAAUAUUUUUGUUUACUAUCUUGAAUCUCAUUUAG